GCCUCGCAAGAUGUCCAUGCGCGGCAUGAACUGCCGCUUCGUGCGGAACCAGGCAUUCGCAAAGCGCGGCAUGAAGUGCACACCGGAAGAGAAGGAGGAGCGACUGAAUGCCCAGAAGGAGGCGCAGAAGCGCUUUGACGAGCAGAAGAAGAAGGAGGCUGCUUGA